AUGCUCGUUGUUCACACAAACUCACAAAAGCUGCGUGCCGUGGUUGCACUCCGGUUGCGCGACCAAGCGAGGCCGCGGUUAUUUAGCCUGAAAAGCGCAGCACCCGCUACCGCUUUGCAAUCUCAUUUGGGGCCUACCUCUGCCAGCGGCAGCGCGACGAGCACACAUGUUUUGCACGCGGCAGCAAGCACUGGAGCUGCUUCGCAGCCAUCCCUUCGGAAGCCCCUUGUGGGUACGGGUAGCAGCAGCAGCUCCACGUCAUCCAUUCGGUCAUCAGCUGGUGACUCCACAAAUAAAGAGGGCGUAGAUCGUGCGGCUUCCUUUUACACCACCAAUGGAAGCGCCGACCUAGCGUAUCGCGCUGGCCUAGUUGGUCGCGAAGAUGAAAACGUGUUCGAUCAUAACAGAAGUGUGCGCUUUCGCCACUGCAGGAAAGCCAAAACCGUGGACGUGGUCCAACAGGUUGACGGGUUGAUCCUACGAACGUACCGCCUUCAGACAGCGAAACCGCACGACAGGCAUCGCACAACAUCGGCGAGAACAAGCAGCGGCGCAGCAGAUAGCAUAUUAGCCGGAGAAACUGCCACGCCUGCGCCUCCGCUUCUCAGCUAUGAAGACUUUCGGGACUUUGUUCAUCGCAUUUUCCCAGGUUUGCCGGAGCGCAAGGUCGCUUACACGGCGAGAGGAGGGCAUCAUGGGUGGAACCAGUGGGUGAAAGAUUUGGAAGAUUCUGGUUGGAGCCUGCCGGAUUACGUCCCGUGGAAGAGUCCGGCUAAGGCAUACGGAAAUCAAAUCGAUUGGCCUGACCUUCUCAGUUACGUACCAGCAGAGACGGGGACCACGACGGGGCUGAAGAAGGUGAAGAAGAAAGCCAGUGCGGCCACCCGGUCAACGAUACCAGAUCGCAGCGACAACGUCACUUCAGGGCAAAAAACGAAAGAACGCACGGUAGAUAUCGAAGAUAAUUUUCCACCUACUGAUGUAGAAGGAGAUGCAGCCGCUAGUGGUGGCGAGGCACGCAAAGCCAAAGCGGAGAAAAAGGCGACCUCCUCGGGAAUGAGUCUGAAAGCCCUGCUAUCGCAGGCAGCAGAUGAGGAGUUCGGCGGCUCUGAAAAAGCGUUAAAGGAGACAAGAAAAAAGAAAAAGAAGGCACCACCUGUAAAAGCCGUCCUUCCGCCUCGCGAACUCUACAAUCCGAUUGCCAGUCCUGAGGUCCGAAAACGCCUAGAAGAGAAACUCAGCGGCAAGGGAAUUACGCUUGUUCUCGAUCACGCUGAUGCAGAGCGGGUUUUGCGUAUUCUGGAGAAACAGGGCGACCGCCCGCACUUCUGGGACACGGAGUCAAAGGAUAUUCAGGUACCAUAUGCUUACACAGCGUUGUAAGUGGGAAGGUUAUACAUGAGUUUGUUGAUGACAUGCACAUAUUUGAUCUCAGCAUCUGAUUCUGAUGAAUUAUAAUUGUCGACGACGCGGCAUUGUAUUUCUAUUUUUCCACUGCCACACACGACACACAAAGAUCAACACAACAGCUCGGGCGGUUGCGCAGUCCACAAAGUCCUUUGCACCAUGGCGAGCUGAUUGUUGCGAGUUGCUGGGUGGGUGAUGACGUCGACUUUGGUAACGGGCCCCGGCUUUUCAUCGACAACUACCACUCAAAGCUACCCUAUGUAAAGCAGUCUCCAGCUGUUUCCGAAAAUAAAAGAUCCUCCUCCUCUAGAUUUGCUACAUGUAUUUGCUCUGCAGGAGGAGCACUGCGAGCGCUAGCGUACCACGAUACAAAUUAAACUUUGCUUUGACGGAAAACAAGAUGGUGAAGACUUUCUAUGGGACAAACCUUACUGGGAGAUGGUAGUCCUUUCAAGGAGUAUUUCGAAAACCCGCAGUACCGGAAGGUUUUCCACAACUUUGCGUACGACUACAAAGUACUGCUCCGCGCCGGCAUACAGCUGCAAGGUUUCUACGCGGACACGCUGCACCUGGCGCGAUUGCAGGAUUCCAGUUUGGCGAAUUGGGAGCAAGACGUACGGUUUCUUGACGAGUGCAACGAGCGCACGAACGAGGGACUGUUUUUGGAGAAUGAGAGUUCCCUGCGCGAUCAGCUGAUGGAGAACCUGAUGAGCAGCGGGGUCUCGGAAGAGCGCGACGACUUCUCCGACUAUGAGUUCACCACGGGGGGGAGUACCAGUAGCUUCUCGUCGACGAGAGGGGGCGGAUCUUCUGCGUCGACGGGGUGUUCGAACUCUAAACCUAAUGCAGCUGGCUUGGGUGGCGAAGCGCAAGAUGAACAGGGAGCUCCUGAAACUGCAUCUGCCGCGGUCGUCAGCCCUGAGUUUCAAGAGAGUCUGCGUCGAGCGGUGCAGGAGAAAGACUUUGUGUUGAUGGGAAAUCUAGUGCAGCUGGCUCGCACAGGGGAAAUGCUCGAAAUGUUGGACGCAGGCCUCGUUGAGCUCUCGGCAGCUGCAGUGACGUCGGCUAGCGGCUUGAAGAGGAAGGGAAAAAAUAAAAGUGACAAAGCCAAAAGUAGAUCCUCGAGUAGAUCCACUAGUACCAGUUCGGAAACUACUACUGGACACGCGAUGAGUGCAAAUGUGGCCGCAGAGAGAGUCAGUGCCUUGAAAGACCAGUUGGCCAUGCGAAAACGGCUGGUGGAGCACUUCCAGAGUGUGGACGAUUGCGACACCAUCGAUGCGCUGAACAAGCUGCGCCGGCGCUGGGAGCGGUAUUUGCUGCAAUCCGAGCAAGACGUCGAAACAACGGAGCAGUCGAUCAUGGCGGCUGCCGAACAGACGGACCGGCAGGAUCUCGGCGGCGGGCAGGUAGCGCUUACCCAGUUGGUCGGGGACGCCGGGCGAGAAGCGUUAGAGUACCUAGAGAAGAAAAUGGAGCGGCUUCGACACAAAACGAAGGAAAAGGGCAAGAUGCGCGGUUACGGACUGAAACACCUCGUUCGCGUUUUUGACGUCGAAUCACACCCGAAAUUCCUGCAAGACCUCGUGCUCGGGAUUCCCCGGCAGCGCAAAGUGCAGAAAUCCGAGUAUGGAGUUCUCAAAUGUUACAUUCUCAACUGUUACAUGAAAAUUGUAAUACAAGACUGGCAAAAGCGAAAGGAGGAAGAUUGCGCCUUUUGCAUAUACAAGUUUGGCGCAGAUUCAGAUGCUGUUUAGCCCUUCCGAAAUUUGUCAUGCGAAGCAGCUCGAUCAUCUGCCGGCUGAAGGUGCUUUUGCAUGACAGAUUCAUGUAACAUUUGAGAGUGUAACGCUUGAGAACGCCAUACCGAGCAAGUUGAGUUCCUGCACACGGAUGAAUAUAGUUUUCCGCAGUGGGUGGAGUACGCCACCUCAGACGCACGAUACACGGGCCUGCUCUUUCACGAACUGCGGAAAAAACUCACCGCGGAGGAUUGGUCGACUGACAUACUUCAGAGAGGAAGUAGCCCGCAAGGUUUUACUUCCAUGAGAUCGAACUCGUUUUCAGCGCGCGAUCAAAUAAGCGAAGAAGAGGACGAUGACCUCCAAAUUGCCCACGCUAAUGCAGCCGCUAGUCGAGGAUCUUUCCGGGCCAAGCAGCAUCGGGGAAGGCGAGGGAUCUCUUCUUGGAACGACAGCAAAGGCCAACACGGCCUGUGGCGCGGCGCUGCCUCCUCAGGGCCCCAGUCUCUGCACAGCCGAAAUCGAUCAUCUGCAGCAUCCUCUCAACAUGCGGGGGCGGCCGUCAAAAGCUCCUUCAGGACUCCUCCUGGUGCCGCACCUGAACGGCGAUCCGCUGCGUUCCAGCACUUUUUGCGGUCUCGGAAUAUGUGGGUGUUCUACGAAAACUACUACCAGAAAUUCGGACAGCUGCUGAAUGAGAUGGAAGUUCUGGGUGUGCCCAUCGAUAUCGAGCAUUUGGAGCGGGUGGAGCAGCAGGCGACGCUUGAUGUCGAGAAAUAUCGAAAAGAGGUGAACGACUGGAUUCAGGAGCAUCUACCUGCCAUGAAGAGGCCAGAUUUGUUGAACCUAGGCUCGCCGGAGCAGCUGCGGGUGUUUCUAUGCAAUACACAUUUCGACUUACAGUACAUGCACAAAAUGCACAUACAAGCUUUCCUAACUGAGAGAAACUACUCGAUAUGCUUGUCAUGCGGACCGCGAUUGAAGGCAAGGCUUGGGUUUGUCAUCCAGAGACCGCAUUUGUACUUGUAUGGGAGAUUUCCUGUGGAUAGUUUCUCUACGGAAACUAUUGCCCGCGGGUCGGACAACGCGGACAGGCCGUCAGGAAUCAGCGCGACCGAACGAAAAUGGUUCCGCCGAAACGCGAGUUUACGAUCGAAGUGCUACAGGAAGGUGACGAAUGUAGUUCGCCGUCCGAAACGGCGGUAGGUACUACGUCUCUUGAAGAGGACACCGCAAGCAACUCCACCACGCGUGAGGAAAUCGGCACCCACGGGGGGUCUACUCAGGACCAGGACGCACCGGCUCCGAGCGCUGGUCGCCCAAAGACGAAAACCAAGGAGACUUUUCUUGUCUGCGGUCUAAACUUGCGCCCGGUGCGACACGACCGCGAGUUCAUUGGACAAGGCGGCUGGCCCAAGUAUCAGACAGAAAGCAUAGAAACUUCAACUUAGUUACUCUCGUGUAUGUAAAGAUCACGGUGCACGAAGCAGUACAUACAUUGACGCUCGGAGAAGAAAGGAUUACAGCAAGUGGCGGUGUUAGUCGGUAGUAGCAGUAAGUAGCUCUAGCUUGAAUUAGCUUCUGUAGUUUGAUACAAGAACUUGUCGAGCCUCACUGGAGAGACUCCGGGACCAGUGCGCAAACCACUACUACGAGAGCGAGCGCGCAAAAGCGCCUCUGCUAGAAGCACUGAUGAAGGCAAAACAAGCACAGUCAAUGUAUGGGAGCGUCAGCUGGGGAAUCGGUAAUGCACCUCAUGACCAAACCAAAAGUAAAAAAGCAUGAAAUUAUGCAUGAUACAUUGUUGUUGUCGUUUACAAGUUCCCGAUUGAGACUUCCAUACAUUGCUUGCGUACUUCAUUAAACCACUGAAAGUAUCAAAAGCAAAAAUGUCUGGGUCUGGAAGGAGGCGGGAUUUGUCAUGCUAGUUGGGCAUGACACGGAGCUCUGUAUUGCGUGGCCAGCAAGAGCUCCUCUUAUCUGUCAUGCAAAAACGCUGUUUGUCAUGCGGAAUACGCAACAGGGAGCCACGGAUAAAUUUGUCAUGCCUGGCGGCGCAUUACAGUGCGCUUUCUUUUCACUGACAUGCAUCACAAAUUUCUAGACCCAGACAUUUUUACAGUUGAUAGAAAGCGCUGGCUAGCGACAGUCGAGGAAGGAUACAUCCGAGUCUGAUGCUAGACACGUCGACGGGACGGCUAGCUUGCCGCGCACCAAACCUGCAAAAUCAACCAGCACUGGACAAAGACGUACUAUCGUGUCGAAAAUUCAAUUAUAAGAUGUUGACGAUGUGGAUGAGUCGGUGUAGAUGCUCUGUUUUUAGCCACUGCAUAUCACAAAAAAAAACAUGUCUUUUUACACGCGUCAUUCCAUCUCCGUCGUCAACAGGUGUACCAGAUUCGUCGUGCGGUUCGUGCUUCCGAAAACAAGUGCCUGGUCGUUUGUGACUUUUCGCAGCUAGAACUGCGAGUCUUUGCGCACGAGACGAACUGCAAGAGCAUGCUGGAGAAAUUCGAAUCUGGAGGGGACUUCCAUAGCGAAACGGCAGCGGAGAUGUAUCCGCAGGAAAUCGGUGAACCGCUGCGGAAGAAAGAAAUAUAUCAGAGGGGUACAGGACCACUUACGACUUCCUUUUGUGAACUUCCUCAUCGUCGAUCCUCGCAUGAUUGCAUCACGGUAAACCACCAAGCACCAGCUGUUUCUGCAUCAAUUUUGAUGUAUUCAUUCGGAUUCGAGCUCUGAAACUUGCACUUGUCUAGAUGACGCAUUCGAGCUGCAAACAAAACACCAUUAGCAUUAUUGUUAUUCAUGAUACUGACCUACAACGAACAUCAUAGGUCCAAAUAGAAAAAACCUCAGAGACGAGUCGAAUAAGGUCGAAGAAAAAGAAUGCGAAACGAGGGGGGACCAACAUGGAGAUGAGAAGUCGUAUUUGUGCAAUAUCAUAAGUUUAGCAACGAAGAUAUCAAGGAAAAAUUCGGCGACAAGAGAAAGGCCGCGAAAACGAUGAACUUCGGCAUCGCCUACGGUCGCAGCGCGUUUUCCAUCGGCAAGGAGCUGUAUCAGAAGCAUACAUGUCUCGAUCAGGAAAAGCGUAAGCAGGUUGAAAUACGCUCUGAUGUUUGAUAUGUUGUUGCCCUGCCCCUGCCGCACAGCACCACGAUGCACAAGCGUAUUAUGAUGUGUGAUGAAUCUUCACGGCGGUCCUUUUCCCGUGUACGUCAUCAGAAAUGAGCGGAAUUUGCUUCCGGUAGAGGAGCUGGAGCAAGCUCAAAUUUACUCAUAAAUCAUCUGGAUAGCAGCUGAUUGCGUCGCGGCCCAGAGCGGGCAUGCGACCUGUAGGCGGGUGCUGCAUUCGGUAGUUGUACUGUCUUGGUCUUACGCUUAGCUGAGGACGACUUGGACAUGUUUACAACGCAUAAGCCCGAUGUGAGCACGAAAGAAGCUGAAGAAGUUAUCGAGAAGUGGUACCACUUCAAGCCUGAGGUUAUCAAGUGGAAGCGGCAAAUCGAGAAGCACAUGCGGCGCCGGAAAAAGACCGCGUCGCUCUUCGGAAGGAAUAGAAUGCUGCCACACAUUCUGCACCACGAAGUGAAGCAUCGCCUUCACAGCGAGCGAGCGGGGAUCAACCACAAAAUCCAGGGGUACAAUGAAUACUAACUUGAUGUAGAUUUUUCCUCCUUCCCACCUUAAUACGGGACCAUCUCCAUCGCGACUCCAUGUUAUGUAGUUGGCCAGCACCACAUAAUAGAUUCGCUUUGCCCUCAUCCUCACAGCACGAAGUAGCACAUGCUCCGCAUAUAGAUUUCAGUUGAAGAUGGAGCUAUCUCUUCGACAUCAGCGAAGUAGUGACUGGCACCAGGUAUAAUUAAAUCUAUCUCAUUCAGAUCGGCGGCGGACAUAGUAAUGCUCGCGAUGUUAAGAAUUGCCGAGCAUCCGACCUUGCAGCAAUGGGGCUUCAAGCUGAUUCUCCAGAUUCACGACGAGGUGAUCCUCGAGGGACCACGGGAACACGGAGAGGAGGCAUAUGGAUGUGUCAGGAUCGAAAUCGACAAAAUCGAAAAAUUUGUGAUGCGUAAAAUGUAUGGCGCUGAAAGCCUGCAUUGGGGAGCAGGCAAAUGAGACCGAUUGUGAGCCUGUUUAGGGGUAUGCAAUGUGCUGCCAGAGUAGCAUUGCAGGAGGAGUCUUCUUUGCCCAAACAGCAUGAGAGACUGAAAUUGGGCACUCCCGAAAUUUGUCAUGCGCCACUUGAAAACAGAGGCCAGGCUCCAACUGACAUCGAUUUUGUGCAUCGCAAAUUUUUCGAUUUUGUCAAUUUCGAUUCUGACACUUCCAUAAGGCGCUGCGGAUCGUCAAAGACUGCAUGUCCAACCCUUUCCCGUCAGAGGGGGGGAACUUUCGGUUCCGGACGCAGUUGGUCGUAGACGGAAAAGUUGGAGACACGUGGUAUGACUGCAAAUAA